UUGACUCACCAGAAUGGAGAAAAAUGAUUCGUCUUCAACGUGCAAGCUUUCGCCAUGCAGUCCAUGCAGCCAUAUUUCUCACCAGGCAACACUGGCUCCAGCAAAGAAGAGGAAAGCAGGGAGGACCAAGUUCAAGGAGACUAGGCAUCCGAUUUAUAGAGGUGUAAGGCGAAGAAAUGGGAAUAAAUGGGUAUGUGAAGUUAGAGAACCGAACCUGAAAUCAAGAAUAUGGCUAGGGACAUACCCUACCCCAGAAAUGGCAGCUAGGGCACAUGAUGUUGCUGCUUUGGCAUUCAGAGGAGAGUUUGCUUCUCUCAACUAUCUUGAUUCAGCUUGGAUACUGCCACGACCAAAGUCGUCUUCUCAUGAAGAUAUUAAAAGGGCUGCUCUUGAAGCUGCUGAGGCUUUCAAGCCAAGUUCUACUGAUCUAUCCUCAACAUCACCACCAUCGUCUUCUUCUUGUUCGUCUGCGUCUUCUAAGCCAAGCCAUGAAGAUGAUUUGAGAUUUUCAUUGAUGGACACCCAAGAUGAGAAUGAAAAGAAAGUUCUUAAUAAUGGAAACUCUUCUUCCAUGAAUAUAGAGCCUUGCCCUAAUGUCUCCAUUGAGAUUCGCAACGAGUGUUCUGUCACUUCAUUCUUGGAUGAUGAGGCAUUGUUUAAUAUGCCAGUUUUACUUGACAGCAUGGCAGAAGGUCUAAUCCUUACCCCACCAUCUAUCAGAAGAGGGUUUAAUUGGGAUGACAUGGCUUUUGCUGUGGACUUGACCUUGUGGAGAGACUAG